AUGAAUCUUGUAGGGUUUUUUCUACUAUUCAUUUUUUCACUUUUCUCUCAUCCAUUUCUUGCUAUUGCUGACUCAUGGUCGGAGCUGAAGCAUUCCGGUAGAUCUCUAUCUGCCUUCCUCUUCACUUCUCCGCCACCUCCUGCACGUAACUUCUUUAAAUCUCCACCUCCGGCGGCGUUUCUCUUCCCCUCUCCGCCACCUCCUGAGCGAAGCUUCUUUAAAUCUCCUCCACCAGAAGCGUUUCUCUUCCUCUCUCUGCCACCUCCUGAGAGAAGCUUCUUUAAAUCUCCUCCGCCAGCGGCGUUUCUCUUCCCCUCUCAAACACCUCCCUCCCAAAGCUUCUUUAAAUCUCCACCCCCGGCGGCGUUUCUCUUCCCCUCUCCGCCACCCCCAGCAGCGUUUCUCUUCCCCUCUCCACCACCUCCGCCGCAGCCAGCGGAGUGA